AUGGAGAUAUCAGUGCUGCCACCUCAGAUAUAUAUAGAAAGAACUCUGGCCAUUAUCAAACCAGAUGUUGUUGACAAAGAGGAGGAGAUAAGAGAUAUUAUUCUCAGAUCUGGAUUCACCAUUGUUCAGAGAAGAAAAUUGCGUCUUAGUCCUGAACACUGUAGUAACUUUUAUGUGGAACAAUAUGGAAAGAUGUUUUUCCCAAAUUUAACGGCAUAUAUGAGUUCUGGACCACUUGUUGCCAUGAUAUUAGCUAGAUACCAAGCAAUCUCUUACUGGAAAGAACUUUUGGGACCAAGUAAUAGCUUAGAAGCUAAAGAAACGCACCCAGAGAGUCUAAGAUCACUUUAUGGCACAGAUGAUCUGAGGAAUGCGCUUCACGGGAGUAAAGACUUCAUUGCUGCAGAAAGGGAAAUUCGGUUCCUGUUCCCUGAAGUGAUUGUUGAGCCCAUUCCAGCCGGACAUGCUGCUCAGGAUUAUUUGAAUUUCUAUGUAAAACCAACUCUGCUUCGAGGACUCACAGAACUUUGUAAGGAAAAGCCACCAGAUCCUUUUGUUUGGCUAGCUGAUUGGUUGCUGAAAAAUAAUCCCAACAAACCUAAACUUGGUCACCACCCAGUUACAUAAGAAUCUUAAUAAAAAU